AUGGCACCAACUCUCCCUUCCAACCCAACCCUCCAUCUGACCCCCGAACCUCUCACCCCAGAGUCCUUCGCCCCAUUCGGCACCGCCAUCGUCUCGCCUCUUCCCCGCCAUCUCUCCGCAGCACCAGCAGACCUCUCCUCUCUCCCGCCUCACCACCCUGCCCCAGAACUUGCCAACCAGUCCUCCGCCCUAAAAUACAGCCCCGUGUCUCCGCUCCUCGACCAAUAUGCCGGUGCUUGCCCCAGCGGCCGCGCCGCCUCCGCCCGCAUGAGCAUGUUCUGCUGCUUUCCGAGACAGCUUCGGACGAUUGAUUCUGCCCCGCAUGGGGCGAGGUUGCAAUCGCAAUCGCAAAAAACGCCCGUGUUCGACGUCCGCAUCCUUGAACGUCACCCCUUCACGACGCAGACCUUCAUUCCUAUCGAUCUGUCCAGCCAGGCCAGCACCAGAUCUAGUGCUGAAGGACCCCUGUGGCGGGCAGAUGACAACAAAGAAGAAGAAGAACCGUACUACCUCGUCAUCGUAGCCCCUACGCUCAAGGGCCAGACCAUCACGGCGACGACAGACUCCGGCUCCACGACGAUCCGCGACCCGCCGGAUCUGCAGAACUUGAGGGCGUUUGUGGCGCGUGGCGGACAGGCCGUUACGUAUGGGGCUGGGACGUGGCAUGCGCCGAUGGUGGUGGUGGGGAAGCGGAGGGUGGAUUUUUUGGUGGCGCAGUUUGUGAACGGCGUUGGGGAUGAGGAUUGUCAGGAAGCGGCGUUUGGGGAGGGCGUGGUGGUGGAGUUAAAAUGGGAUGCGGUGUUAGGGUCUUUGAGGGGUGGGGUGGUUAAGGCGAAGCUCUAA